AUGGAAUCGCUACCUACCAAACCAGAGGCCUUGGAGUCGACUGUUGGCGAUCAUCCCACAAACUCACCAACACCGCGUAGACGUGGCCGUCCUAGGACGUCCUCAUCAGUCAGCGUAAGCGCCGCAAAACGUCGACGGGAUUCUUCGGUCGUCAAGUCUCAUCGUGGUGGUAAUCGAGGGGGCGGAAAAAGUAGUGGCCGGGGACGUGGUCGAGGCACCGCUAGGACCAAAGCUGCGAAGUCUGCUGUCGGAGAAAAUGACGAGGCGGCAGAAGAUUUCACCGUUCUCGCUGCUUCAGCUCUCGACUAUGCUGAAGAUUCCUCAGCCCCUGAGGAUGACGAUGACGUCGACGACGCUGGUAGCGACUAUGUUCCUGAAGGGGGGGAAGCUGAUCAUAAUGAUGGGGAUGAUGAUGAUGAUGAUGAAGAAGAAGAAUUAUAUGAUCCGGAAGAGGACGAGGAGUAUGGAGGAAGUUCAUCACGAAAGCGUCGUCGUACGAAAAAAUCAGGUGGUCUAGCUACGAAUCAAGAGGAUGAUGAAUUUGACAUCAGUGAUUAUGAGGAUGAUGAUGACGGCAUGCAAGAAAGCCGUGUACAUUUGAUGAACGAAGUAUGUGCAAUGCAGGGUUCAGGGAAACGCGAUAAACCAAUGAGUCUAUUCUCAGACAUAGCUGCGGCUGCUGUUGCAGCGGCAGCUGCAAAUACUAGUGGUGAUGGUGCCGAAAAAGAUAUCUAUGACUUUGACGCUCAAAGUAUUGCUUCGGACAAGCGGUUCAAAAAGAUGCGCCAGGCAGCCGCUGCACGACAGGCGCGUAAAUCAGCUGGUGUCGGUAGUAGCUCUGCUCGCGGGCGACCAGUCCGCCCGGCAACUCACGUCGGUGCGAGUUGGGGAUCUAAUAUAUACAGUGCGCUCGCAACUUCCCUUAAAACUCGAGCAGAUCUUGAUGUUUACACUAAUUUUCUCAAAUGCCCGUAUCUGAACAAUUUCCUAGAUUCUAUGUUUGUUGAUAUGUGUCGCCCAAGUAACCAACAUAUGGGGCUGUUUUUUGGUCCCUCCGCGAGCUUACAGAGCCUCAUGGGUCGUGUCAAUGACCCAGAUCGGGUGGUGGAAUUGCUUCACGCAUUUAUGUCUAAGUCUUACGACGCAUUGGCGAAUCGUAUCGUCUGGUUUGCGCCGAUAAUUCACCAACAACCCGUUCCUCUUUCAAACAUGUCCUCAUUUGAUGAUCGGUUAUCUGCCCUAUCAGAAAGCCUCGAUCCAGAGAUGAGAAUCGAACCUGCCUAUAUACUUGAGGGAAACCUCAAUGUACUUGUACAGACGGGUGCACCAUUCACUGACCUAGAGGUCUCUCUUAUUCAGCACACUGCAAUCAAUAGUGCUGGUCAUAUGGGUCGCUUUAUGACCGAUGUGCAUCAGAUUGUGCUGUCUAACGAUUUCUGGGACCAAUUGAACGAUCUAGUUGCUCUUCCUUACGAAAAGAUCAUAAGCUACGCUGAAAGAAGCACUACAGCCACAGAUGGGGAUGCUUCAGUCAAUCUCGAAGCAAUCGAACCACCAUGUCUACAUAGGAUCAUCGCUGCUGUGAAUAGUGAAAACAAGCUACUGGGCAUAGCAUCGACAGAUACGUGGGAUCGCACUAAUGUUCCACUAUCUCGAAAGCGCCGAACACUGACCUUUGAAAAUCUUCAAAGGGGUUCCCUUCAGCUAUCUGAGGUUGAUCGUUCGUCCCUGGUUAACGACGAGCUCCCUAUUGAGCUAGAUACCUAUGGGGUCCUCGAGCAUGUCAUUGAUGAUGUUGCAAAGAUGCGUGCUCAUGAAGAGGAAUCUGCAGAAUCGUCGUCUCGCACUUCGCCAGAAAUUGGCCGCAUCCAUUUAAUGGACUGCUUUUUGUUGAAACCAAACAGCCGAAAAGACGCACUAAUCUUAGUGUGCUACGAGUCUAGCGCCAGCCCCCCGAUGCCGAAUCCAAGUCCCGUUGGAUGCAGCCCCUUCAAGGUGUACUCACUCGUUAGCGAAGAGAAUUUCUUUUUUUCUCGCUUUGGUAUCACUUCAGAUUCCCCUGCUCUAAUGGAUGGCAUGUUUACCGCUGACCCUGAGGCCAUAGUAGAACGCAAAUCCGUAGUCAUCGUACCUGACCUAGUAUUUAAUAGCUUGCGCUCAAUUGCUCUUCGUGAAGUUGUUGCGUCGAGCGGUACAGCUAUCGUCAACGCUGUGCUAACAAAUAUAAACACUACCGUAGAGGCACCUAGCCUCUACCGGUGUUCUAAAUUUAUUCUUGUUGAUAGUCAACGCCGUGUACCAUUGGCAAUUGUCUUUGAGGUGCCGAUUCGUUUGUCUUGGACAACAGAUGCUACUGAAUGUGCUGUGCAUUCUCUCGAUACCGCAUCUUUAAACGCGAAGUUUGGUUCAGUUACUGUGGAAUCUUUGAAAGCGGCGGAACGGAAAUUCUCUUCAAAGAUUACCGAGUGUCGUUUGGUGGUUAUCAAUGGCCUUCUUUACGCUCUGCAGGUAGACGAGAACCGAGUUCUUCAGCGGAUAGUAGAGUUACUCCCUGCAGGCUAUGGGAACGUGACAGGUCACCCGGACCACAUUUCAUUGGCACCCCAAGCUGUCACCGGCGAUGCCCGCGCCUGUUCUGCAUUUCUUCGUAUCUUUAAUGAAGAAAGCUCUACUUCCUCUGUGUUCCCCGCUGUAUAUUUGCCCCACUUCGGUCAGCAGACUCUCGUAGAUCAAGUAACCAGCUUCUGCGACGAGUUAGUGGAUCAUAUUUAUACCAGUCCCCUGUCAUUCUCCUUGUACGAUGUUGUUUUCCGGAUGGCUCUCAAACAUACCCCCAAAAUGUUAGCAAGACAGCACCACGAGGCGGCUGAGGCUGCUGCAGCUGCGUCGGCAGCGGCGAAUCCAGACGAUCCUCCUCCUCCACCAGUCCCUAUGCCCGAACAUUGGGGCGUCUGUUCAAUUUGCUCGAAAGAACUUCAUUCUGUCAGUGGCCUUCUAGAGCACGAACUGCGUCAUAUCGGACUGACCAAAUUCCGCUGCCCUGAACAUGGUCGCUGUUUUAUGGAUCGGCGUGCGCUGGUUACCCACAUGCAGGAACACGCCGGUGGUGUGAUAAAGCCUGAUGAUGAUGAUGAUGGUGGCUUUAAUGAAACAAUGGUGGGGGAAGAAGAAAUUAAAUUCAUCCCUGGCCUAACGAAUGUUUUCGCCAAAAGUUCCCUUCUCUCUGGUCGUAUGGAAUCACCCCAGUGUGAUAAUUGUCAUGAUUUUUUCCCUACUGCGGACGUUAUGGCGCAGCAUUUGGAAAUUUGUGAUGGCAUUUCUUUUAGUAAUCGCAGUCCCAUUGAGCAGACAUCUGAUUCUGUUCCUGUUACGGUGAUGAAAGACGGGGAGAAAUCAGUUUGCGGCAUAUGUGGACAAGCAGUGGAUGAGAUUAAACAACACUUCACCGACGUACAUUUAACGUGUGUGCUGUGCCGUGCUCAACUGCACACCAUAGAAGAGCUCUCUUACCACUACAAAGUUCACGUAGAGAGCAGCGGCACCACACAUCCAGAGACUUCAAGCAAGCUUAACGAGGUGUCUACUUGUGAAACCUGCUUAAAUUUCUAUAGCUCCAAGCACAAUUAUUAUUUCCACCAGUGGGCCGAACAUGGUGUUAUAUUCAAGCAAAACCCAUCCACAGGUGCCCUUGGUCCUGUGCAGGUUCGUGAACCCCGUAAUAAGCAAGUUGAUGAUGAGGCUCUGACGAAAUUGAAGUGCAAGUUCUGCCAGUUUGUCUGUCCGUGCCCCGGCAAACAGUAUGUUGAUCAUCUUCAAUCUGCACAUGACAUCAUCACUGAUGUCGCGCUUGUGUGUCGCUUCUGUGCGGCGAUAUUUCCCAAUCCUGAAAACUUGUCCAACCACCUCCAGUCGUCACACGCUCCUCUGUCAGAUUAUAACAAUGCUGGGCCACAGACCGUCUACAGGUGUGAUAUGUGUGCUGACACGCCAUUUUAUUCUUUCCACAAGGGCAUGUUGGACCAUGCUCGUGAGGUGCAUAACACUCUUACACCAAACAUGUACGAGUGCCCCCAUUGCCGUGAGCGCUUUUCUGACCGACGGAUCUACAGACAGCAUCUUGAGAAACACGCCGAAGGUGUGUUGCAUCCCUGUACUGAGUGUGGUAAGGAGUUCCGCUCGAAACAGGCUCUGAUGCACCACAUUCAAAUGCGUCAUGACUCGGAGUGGGACCAAGGGCCAGCUACGUGUGAGCACUGUGGAAUAACGUAUCCGAAACGCUCAGCUCUAAAAUAUCACAUUGCUAGGAUGCACAAUCUAGAAUUACUUCAUGAAUGCCCUGUUUGCCAACAACGUUUUCGUAUUGAGACGUACUUGCGCCGCCACAUGAAGGAGACGCAUAGUGGUCCCAUCAAAUGCGAAAUCUGCCAGAAGCAAUGCGCUAACCUCCGUUGUUAUUCGCAACAUCGUCAGAAGCACUUUAGAGACAAAAUCUUCCAGUGUACUGAAUGCUCAGUGUCUUUCAAGAGCAAAACCGCGAUGCGUCGUCACGUUCGUGUGGAACACAUGCAGCUUGGUCCGGAGAAGUUUGAGUGUCAAAUCUGUGGCAAGAUUGUUACUCAAAUUGGAAUGCACAUGCUGACGCACAAGGAUGCACGUUUCAAGUGUAUCUAUUGCGACAAGCAAUUCACCAAAUCAGUCUACUAUAAUGAACACGUUCGCAUCCAUUUGGGUCAACUGCCUUUCGAAUGUCAUAUUUGUGGGCGUCGCUUCAACAAGAAGUCAAACCUCAAUGUUCACCUCAAAUUCCACGAAAAGCACCGUGAUGAGGAUGGGAACUACUUACAACUGAAAGCUCGUGGACGUGUAAGUAUUAUGUUUGGAGAUGCAAACCUGACACCAGAGGAACGCGCGGCGAAGAAUGCUGCACUGAAGAACAGGUCGAAUAAGCCCACGCAAAGCGUCGCUGUCGGUCCCGACCUCCCGGGGGCCUUUAAUGUGGGCGGGCCUGCUGGAUCGGCCUCGGAUGCCUGUGCCAAGGCCUGUGGUGGGCACCUGGCCGAUGUCGUCGGGCUGCGACCUCUCACUAGUCAACCCGUCGCUUUGUCUCUUCGUGGGUGUUGA